AUGUCCUCGGAAUCUUCGGCUACGACGGCGGCAGCGGCUGAGUCCCAUGCUCCGCUCCUCCUUCCCCGCCAGGCGAGCAGCGGCCGCGACUCCUCCGACCUCGGCUCCCCGACCGCCCGACCCGCCACGCUGGCGAUGCUGCUGGGGCGGGCCACCGGGCGCCGUGGCCCCUCGAUGCUGGUGCGGGAGACGGCGGCGCGGGAACUGGACGAGCGGCGCGCCGACUGGGGCUACUCCAAGCCUGUGGUGGCUCUGGACAUGAUGUGGAACACGGCGUUCGUGGUGGUGUCGGUGGCGAUGCUGAUAUGGACAGACCAUGAGCACCCAAACACGCCGAUCCGGCUGUGGAUCUGUGGAUAUGCGCUGCAGUGUUUCGUGCAUGUGGUGUUGGUGUGGGUUGAGUACCAGAGAAGGAAUAAUAUUGCUCGGAGGAUCAGUAGAAGAAAUCAGGAUGCCCAGCAGAACCAGCACCAGGUCGAAAUUGAUGCAAAUGAUACCGACGACGAAGAAGCAGCAGCAGCAGCUAGGGAUUUGGCGAUUUCCACGCGCUCCAGUCUCUCUAAACGAUGCGAAACAGUGAAUACAAUGGCAUCAUUUCUCUGGUGGAUAGUUGGCUUUUAUUGGGUAGUCUCUGGCGGUGAAGUUCUUCUGCAAAAUGCUCCACGUUUGUACUGGUUGGCUGUGGUUUUUCUGGCAUUUGAUGUCUUCUUUGCCAUCUUUUGUGUUGUUCUGGCAUGUUUGAUUGGAGUUGCUCUUUGUUGCUGUUUGCCAUGCAUCAUUGCAAUUCUUUAUGCGGUUGCUGGACAGGAAGGUGCAUCUGAAGCAGAUCUCAGUAUUCUUCCAAAAUACAGAUUUCGAUCGAGCAGUGAGGAAAAAUCUAGUGUCGGAGCAGGGAAAAUGAUUCCAGUAGAAACAAGCAGUGGGUACUUAGCAAUUGAGCGUAUACUUUUACCUGAGGAUGCGGAAUGUUGUAUAUGUCUCAGCCCCUAUGAGGAUGGUACAGAGCUUCACACUCUUCCCUGUAAUCAUCAUUUCCACGCUACUUGCAUUGUGAAAUGGCUUAAAAUGAAUGCAACAUGUCCUCUCUGCAAGUACAACAUUCUCAAGGGAAAUGAACCGGUUUGA